CACGUCUGGUUAGUUUGGUUGGGCUGACUUUUACUGCUUCAUUUCAUUUACAACAACCAACCCCAGCGGAAAGGCUUGGCUUUGGUUUUAGUGCAAGUCUCAUUUCAAAAGUUACGUCGUCCUCGAGUGUAUGUAAUAUCCUUCAGAAGCUACUACUCACCCAUUCUCGUUAAAGUUGUUAAACAUCUUAUUAUUAUUAUUAUUCGCCGUGUUUUAUACGCGAUUGUUGGUUUUAGCCAAGAAAAUAACGAGAGAGAAGGGAGCAAAAUUAACUGUAGGUACAUACGUACAUAUUUACAUGGAUUGCAUAGUUUGGUUUCGUGUUUGUACCACUUUGCAAACUUCGACUUCCACUUCUUCUUGUUGACUAAUGGAGUGGAGAGGGUAAGAAUAAAGGAGGGUAGAUUUGUCAGCGUCCAAGAAUUACGGUGACUCAUGCAACCUUUUGCAUUUUUGCACAUCCCAAAAUUUAAUGGCAUAUCAUAGAAGACGAACAAAGGUGUGUGCUGUGUGUUUGGUUGCUGUUGUCGGUUUCUGAACUUAACUUACAGUGUUGUUUAUUGGAGAAGGUUGGAAAGUCAAGGAAUAACUUUUGUGUGUGUGUGUGAAACCUAAAUUCUCAUCUUCGGUGAACCACUUUUACAUUCGUCGAAGCCAGUCAAUAACUGGAGGGUGGUUGGUUUUGUGGUGUAACAAAGAGUGAAAAUAAGUGCUUUGUUUCUUAAGGAUACUACAGAUUGAGAUUUCGGUCAAGCCUCGUCUCCUUUGGAACUAAUUGCACUUGACAUCAUCGCGUGGUUUGAUCUUUAAUGCCAGUCUGCAGGACGCCGCACACAUUUCCGCCUGACAUUGACAAACUUUAUGCAUUGUGAUAAGUGUGUUGUGGUUCAACUCUUUGAAGGCUAUUUUGUGCCAUUUGUUGCACAAUAAUUGUCAAGUCGAAGCUGAUUUUUUGUACUCUCAUACAUGUUCUAAAGGAAUUCUCCUGCCACUCUCUCCCAUGUAGCAAAUCGAGCUGUCAAUUACACGAAAAGUUUUAACAUUCUCUCCUCCUCUCGGAAGGAUCGCGUUUCGUUAGGUGCAAAAAAUUGAUGCAUUUCCCAAUUCGUAGAAGAAAGGGAUCCAUCACAACAACAACAACAAUACAACGAAGGAAGGAAAUAGAUACAUAACAGAACCUGCUGCCUGGCUGGAUGAGAUCAACUCUCCUUUCACAUCAGUGCUAAAUGAAUUACUCCAUAUUUGGCUGAUAAUGCAAUACAUCAUAAUCAUACUUGCAUAUGUACAUCGGCCAUAAAUGAUAAGCCUUUGUAUUACUCACCCCCUUGAAUAGAGAAGAAAAAGGACGGACGUGCAUAAAUAUACGCGAAUUGUAUGCAUUGCUGACAUCAUACUACGCAGAGUGGGAUGCUUUCUAUGUGUUUAAUGAGAAUUGCAAGAUAACCAAAUGUGUGUACUACAUACACAUUUACCAUCCACCAAGUGCACAUUGAGGAUUGAACUGAAUUGAACUUUUACAUUGAUUUGAUUGGUUAAAUAUACCGUGAUUAAAAUGAGCGUCAAAAGUCGCAUAUUGCAAUUUCAACAGAACACUUCACCCACUACGACGACGACGACGGGUGGAAAUAGCAGUCCCAGUAUCACCACUGCGAAUAAUAACUUUGCCAAUUUAGUCAGCAUCAACGGCCCGACAAGUAAUAAUAAUAACGCCGUCAUUAAACAUGCCAACAUCGCUACAACAGUGGUGACUAAUCGAAACAUUGAAUCAAAUAUAAACAAUUCUUCGCAUUCCAUAAAAUCGCAGAGUAAUAAACCGUCUCACUUUCCAACGCUUCCUCCCAUCACGCCCCCAAAUAGAGUGACCACCACCAGUACAAUCAGCAAUAUUAAAGUUUUUAAUAAUAAUAAUACUUCUUCCUCUUCCUCGUCUAAUAACAAUAUUCCACGAUUACAUACAAAUAAUCAUAAUAAUAUUAACCACCACCAGCAUCACCAACAUCACGAUUAUCAACACCACAAAAUAAGCGAUUUAAGGAAAAUUGAUCCAGUUCUUAAUGGGAAAGUGAAUACAUUCUAUGGUAUCGGGGUCGAUGUUAGUGUCCACUCGAACGGAAAGACUGACCAAAUAAUUAGUGGUAAUAUUAACAACAGUGUGAGUGAAUCCCCCACAAAUCCACCAGUUAAUAGAGCAAAUAAGCCCAUACUGGCACAGAAAAAGGCGAGCAUGUCCAUCAAUUUGUCCUCAAGUGCUGGUGGUAGUCAACCACAACAGCACCAUCAGAAUGGACAAUAUGACAAUGGUGAAAAGUUAAAAGUUGGGCGAAGUCCGACCAGAACUUUGUCUGGAGGAAGUCAAUCAUCUGCAAUUCCAAAGCUUAAUUUUGCAGCGAAUUCGACAACUUCGAAUGGGACUCACACGAAUGGAUCGACCACUCUGAGUAACGGGGUCGUGAUGAGAAAGUCGCCCGGAAGCAGGAACGCGUCUCCUGCCACCACACCCACCAGGAAUUUUAAUACUAGUGUUGGUUUCUCGUCGUCAUCGCCAUCCUACACACUAACGUCUCCAACGAGUAGUAAUAGUUCGAGCAGACUUUAUGGAACGAUGGGAUGGAAAGAGAAGUAUGAGGAAAGUGAGAAAAAACGAAACCAUUUGGUCAACUUGGCUCAAAAAGCGACCCGUGAUUAUGAAGAGCUACGCAGGAGAUUUCAUGACGUUUAUGCAGACAACGAGAAACUGUCGAGAAGAUUGGAUGGGGCCACUACACAGUUGGACAGUUUGAGAAAAGCAUCGGAAGCCGUUUAUGACGAUUAUUACAAAUUAAAGAAGCGAUAUGAAGCGGAAAAUCGAGAAAAAUCCGACGCUCUUACCAGGGUUGAUCAGUAUAAUAAAGAGAAUCGACGCCUAAAGAGACAAAGUGCAGCUAUGAUGAUGCAGAUAAGUGAUCCAACCACCUUGCUCGAAGCCGUGUCUGAGACUGAUAGUGCAGAAAAUGAUAAGGAAAUCUUAUACUUGAGAAACAGAGUGCAAGAGCUGGAAAACAAAAUCGUGGACUUGGACAGUGAAUUGGAAAAGGCAAAACUUGCAGAGUUCGAAACGCAAGAAUCCGUCAUGCUUAUCAACGACUCGGUCAACUCUGUCAAGAGUGACAACAGCAAACUGAAAGAGCAGCUAAAACAGUUGGAUGAAGAAAACCGCAAAAUCAGCAGCAAUCUGGAGGACAUCUCUUUCGAGUACGAUAGUCUCAAAGGGAAAUAUUCCAUCAACGAGGAAAAGUUGAUUUUGGCUGAAACAGAGUUGAAAAAGAUUUUGAAUGAGAAAAACAUUCUACAACGUCAGAGCUUGGUGUUCAUGAACGACGCAAUGGACAAUCGAUUGAUGGAUGCGCUUAAUCAAAUUGGCGAUUUGCAAACGACCAUGGAAGAACAACGAAAUCGGUUUGAAGCUCAAUUAGGAGAAAUUCAGAAUCAAUUAGCAGACCGAGAGUCACAAAUGGAGUCGAUGGAAAUUGAAACAGCGUCAAAAAUCCGGAGUUUCGAAGACCAAGUGAAAACCUUGCGAAGACGGGCGGAAGACGCGGAACAAAAGUUGGAAGACAUCCCGAACCAUCAAGGUUCUCCGGAGCGUAGUCUCUUGGGAACACCCCCACCACCUCCUCCUCCUCUCCCUCCCCCCAUGCCUGUCAUGGGAGGUCCACCACCACCCCCUCUGCCCCCAUCACUCUCCUCCGGAAUUACGAACGGCUCCUCAACUUCACUGAACAAUUCUCUCAAGAAUGCGAUGGGAACUUUGAGGAGAACAGGGGGAAGUAAUUCUAACAACAGCAAUGGUGGAUCGGGAAGUGAUACUCCGCCGAAUGGAGUAUCUGGCUCGCCCCAGAUUGACGAUGUAAUUUCCCAACUCAAGAAGGGGAUCAAAUUGAGACCAAUGGAUAAGACGUUGUCAAGAAAGCCGACCGAGCUUCCUCAAGAAAAACAGGAGGAUACUGCAGUUGAGGAAAUGCGAUCCAUUCUGAAUAAUCUGAGAAGAACUAGACGCGUGUAAUUAUUAGCAUUAUUUAGUUAAAUAAGUCUACGAAGUAUUAUGGUUUGCUUAACUUUCGAAAAUUAUAUUGACCAUGUAGUAGCAGUUCGGAAUGUGAUUUAUUCACUACUAUAAAUAGUGUGUAUAAUCGUGUAUAUGUAUAAUUAUGUAUGUACCCUGACAAAACUAAUCAGUCUUUCAAAGGCAAAAUCGCCAUAUUUUAUCUGCCUAAACGUUUGACUACUUUUAAAUAUUUUAUACUCCUGAAAAAUCGAUAAUAAAAUUGGGAUUUUGUAAUUAAGUA